CAUUAAUUUCAGACACUGAUCUUUUGAAUUUGCUAAUGGAAAGGAUUUAAAUGUAUAUUUAAUCUAAUGUUUUCAACAAAUGUAUAUAUGAAUAUAAAUUACAGUUUUUUUUUGUCGUCAGAUCUCCAACAAUGGCUGGUGGAUUGUUUGCAGCAGACCGUAAAUAUUUUUUUGAAAUUGGUGCUUAUGAUGACGGUAUGGAUGUGUGGGGCGGUGAAAAUCUUGAAAUCUCAUUCAGGGUAUGGAUGUGUGGUGGGAAGCUAGAGUUUAUACCAUGUUCUAGAGUGGGUCAUAUAUUCCGCUCCAGUCAUCCUUAUACAUUCCCAGGUAAUAAAGACACACAUGGUAUAAACUCCAUGCGCUUAGCUGAAGUUUGGAUGGAUGAAUAUAAGAGAUUGUUUUAUACACACAGGAGAGACUUAUUAGAUAAAGAUCCAGGAGAUCUUACUGAGAGGAAGGCAUUGAGGGAGAGACUAAAAUGUCAUAGUUUUAAAUGGUAUCUAGAUAAUGUAUACCCAGAGAAGUUUAUACCAGAUGAAAAUAUUCAUGCCUGGGGAAUGGUUCGGAAUCCAGGAAGUAACCUGUGUUUGGACACACUGGGUAAAGAUGAAAAGACAGUAUUUGAUAUUGGUGUGUUUUCUUGUCAAGGUGGUGCUAGUGCUAGUGAGGUGUUCUCAUUAAGUUUAAAGGAUGAGUUAAGAAGAGAGGAUGGGUGUAUGUCAACAGCCGGUAACAAUGGAGAUAAAAUCUCACUAACUAAAUGCAUUGAAGGAGAUAAAAACCAACAGUUUAAACAUGAUAAGCAAAAGAGUACAAUAGUUCAUGUAGGAAGUGGACGAUGUCUAGAUGUAGCAGAUGAAAAAUCAUCCGGUUAUGUUCGUGUCAGAGACUGCAAUAACUCAGAUUCUCAGAAAUGGAAUUUUGAACACUAUUUGUAGCACGAAAAUGGGCUUACUUAGAGAAUUAUUUUGUUAUAUACACUUCAUCAUGCAGAACGUGUUCUUUAUUUAUGCAACAUAAUUUAAUGUGUUUGAAGGCACAUAUUCACAGUGUUGUUUCUGCACAUAUUGAUAUAACAUUACCUUAGUGCAGUAAAGGGUUAAGUCCUUCUAAAUUAAUAGAAGUUAACCAGUUAUUGCACUAAGGUGAUAAAAAGUAUUGCUCAAAAGUUCUUGCCCUUUACUGUAUUUUAGGUAGUGGAGCUAGAAAAAUAAGAAUGUAAAAUGGCCAGAAUUACUGUACCAGAGGCUAUUGUCCUAGAACAUUUUUCCUGUAUUGUUAAUGGAAAGCAAAA